GUCUUUGAGAUGCUCCGUGCUCAUUUUCAAAAAGACAACCAUUGUCCGAGGGGUCAUUGAAUUGUGGGGAAAAGAGGAAGAGUUGUUGUUCUAUAGCUGCCCUGCUUCAAUACCUCAUAUCCCUUUCCCUGUAGACCGAAUUUUGUCUAGGAGAAGAAAAAUAAAUCGGAGAAGGAGGGAAACUAACCCUAGAGGUGUUGUCUACCCCAGAUCUGCCGCGUUUGACCCCAACUCAUAAAAUGUAGGAGCUGGAAAAAAAGGAAAAGGCCAUUCGGUCUAACCCCAUGGUUUUUACAAAAGGAGAAAAUGUGGGCUAACAGGUCAUAGAGAUCUGUCUAAUUUCACACAUAGUAAAUGGCAAAGCUAAAAUUCAUGUCUAUGUCCUUUAAUUACAAAUCCAGCACUCUUGGACAUACACUAUGAAUGUAUGCUUGGAGAAAUGCGCCAAGAUUGUCUCCUAGAGAUAUUAAAGAGAUGCACAGGAAAUGCAAGAAUCAGUCCUGGCAAAUCCAGGACUAGAAUCCAAGAGUCCUGACCCUUAACCUAUGGCUUAUCUACUUCCCUCAGAGCAUGGUAUGAAGGGUGGGAUGGGGACUGAUUGGUCUCAGUCAUGGGACCUGGGAUCGUAAAGGAGCUUCUCUAUCAUGCACCCCAUGGGGAAGAAGUGUUGGAUAGACUGGGAGAAGAAAAAGGACAAAGCAAACUGGAGAGGGGGUUAUGGAAGAAAGAGGGAAGGAAGAGUCAGAAGGAACUAAGCAGCACAUGGACAGCACAUGGACAAUACAUGGAACUGUAUUGAGGAAAAGCCUAUAGUCAGGAAUAUGUCCAUAGGGAAGAGUUGAGGGGGGAGGCAGUGAAAAUGAAAGAACUUCGAAAAGAUGCAAAGUCCAAUGUGGUAUCUCUGGGGAGAUAAAAGAAAAUCUUCUAGUCUCUCUUUUUCUUCCUACCCUAGAGAAACAGCCCUGUUCAGCCUCAGCCCUGUAUCUCUUCUCUUCCUUGAGCUGAAGGGCCUGUGCUUCCAAAUGGUCUCUGGGAAUUCCUUGGGGCAGUAGGAUAGGGAAAUGUUUCUUACUGUCUCCCCAUUUCUUCAAACACUGAAUGGAGAUGGACAGCUUGAGAACCCCAUUUGACUAGUCUCCUUGAGGCUCUGCUUCAGAAUCCAUCGAAAGAUGGUUCGUGACAGAUACAAAAAAUAAAAACCCAGAAUACAACUGUUGGGGACUGGAGAAGGGGAGGAUGAAAUUAAUUUCCCUUCAGACUCUGGAAGGACUAAAGAAUGGAAAGGAGAAUAGGAUGGUGAUCCAUCUCCUUCUAGACUUAAGUUGAUUGAGAAGUUGCCAAGUUCAUCUGUCUAACUAGGUGAAACUGAGCAUCAGUAUAGCCCUAAAGACUGACUGCCCCUUAUUCCUAUUUAUGACUUCAGUCUGAUUUGAAUUCUAUUGGCCUGGAUCAAGGUAGGUGCUGGUUGCAUUUAAACUCUAGUGAAAACUCUACUUUGAAAAUGGAAGCAGAAUGGGACAUGGCCAGUUCAGAAUAUUGUUAGAAAUUGAAAAUUAGCUUCGCUUAAGGGGUAAGUUGCCCCUUUCUCUGCUGCAUCUGGGUGAAUGAGAAGUGACUAGCUGAAGUAGGCAGGAUAUGUUCAAAAAGGGGUGGGGAGGUGGAUUCUUCAGGCUUCUCAGAUGCAAAUAUCCUCUAUGGACCUUUCCUGGGUCCUUAUAAAGACCAAAUUUAAUGGUCAAUUCCAUCCAUCACGAUAUAGAAACCAGAACCAAACUUCAUUCUUAUCUUUCUUAUCUUGAAAAUGCUUUAUAAUACAGUCAAUAAAAGACUGACUAUGAGCUUAAGAAGUUCUAGGAUCAAGUCCCCCUUGGCUGCUUCUCAUGUCAUCUCAGUGAAUAAGGCAGCUCUCUAAAUUGUAAGUUAGAGAGAAGGUGCCAACCACCUGGGACUUCCCUGUCCCAAUGAAAUCAACUGUCCAAUCCCUUUUCUAGCUACAUUUUAUGGAUGGGCUGUGACCUCAAAGACUUAUGUUCUAAAGGCCAUCGCCUGGUUUCUCCUAUUUUUGGCCAGAAUUCUCAUGCUUGAGUCCUAAGUAGAGUUGGGGAAAGGGACUGUACUUCUUGAACCAGGAGGGAACACUAGGUGCAUUUCCUUUAACUGAUUACUUCUUUUCCAGCUGAAAAAGAAACUUCCCAUAAGAAAAUAAAAUGUCUUUUACUGAGGUUAUUGGCAAGAGCUGACCAUGACACCCAUGAAGCUGAAAAUGGAACCAUCCUCCCUCUAACUCCCCAUCCCUCUUCUUAAAUUUCCUCCUGCUUCCAAAGUUCUGUGUGAAAGGACUAUGGUUUUAGCAAAGGCUGAUGGACAGGAUGGGUGGUGUGUAUGAGUUCCUCCCCUGGGCUCUGGUCUGAGACACUAGAUUUAAGUGUCUCAUGCUGUACUUUGACUCACCAACAGACCUCAAAAAGAGGCAGGAAGUUUAACUUUAUGCUUCAUGUUGCAGCCCUACCAAGACCCAGGCCAAGCCCCCCACUUCCUGAGCUCUGGCUUCCCCCCUCUCUGCCCAGGUGGGAUCAUAGCCCCACCUUUGGGGGGCAAUAGGCACCAAAAGGUAGUUGAUAAAUAUUUAUUUAAUUGAAUUGCUGUGGAAUUUGUUUGUGGAAUAGUCAUUUUCCCAGGACUCCUACACCUUGGGCCCACCAGAGUGCACGGGAGUGGUUUCCUCUCUGACUAGUCUAGAUGCUGACAAUGGUGGUGUCCGUGAGUUGAAUAGACUAGGAUGAAAGGCGCAGGUAGGCUGAUGUCUUUGUUUUGUGUCAGGCUAUAAUUGCCAGGCAGCCUACACCCAGACAAGAGAUUAUCGAUGGUUUAAGGCAAAGCCUUCUCCCCUGACUUUGGGAAUGGCUGUGUUUUGUGUGAUCUGAAUGUUUGUCAUAUGGCAUCCUGUGCUAAUGGCCCAGGGGAAAGGAAGGGAGGUGUUGGUUAUGGGAAGGAGGAUCAGGUCUUGGGCAUCCCUGAGAAAAGGGCCUCCUUCAUUCACCAGAAACAUUUGCCUGGUAUAGAAGGAAGAAAGAUGCAGAGGCAGCAAGAUGAGAUUUUUCUGGAGUAGGAGCUGAAGAAGGAAGAAUUGCUCCAGAAUCUGAAGCUGCUGAGCCAAUGGGGCUGGAUAUGAAGCGCUGUGUGCUCUCCAUUACAUUGGCCCUGACUGUCUGCACAGUUAUUACCCUGGUGCUGACCUUUCUAGCCACUAACACCACCCUUCCUCCAGGAACCAAGUUCGGUCUCGUGUUUGAUGCUGGUUCCUCGCACACAUCCCUCUUCGUAUACCAGUGGCCGUCGGACAAGGAGAACAACACAGGCGUGGUCAGCCAGACCAUGACGUGUGAUGUGGAGGGCGACGGCAUCUCCAGCUAUGCUCGCAACCCAGAGGCGGCGGGAAGUUCCCUGCGGUCAUGCUUAGACGAAGCAGUGAAGUUGAUCCCAGCCGCACAACUGGCCCAGACACCCGUGUACCUGGGUGCGACAGCGGGGAUGAGAAUCCUCAGCCUGCAGAACCCAAAAGCUGCUGAUUGGGUUCUGGCUGAGGUAGCUAAGACCAUCCAGCAGUACCCCAUGGAUUUCCAAGGAGCUCGGAUCAUCUCUGGUGCUGAGGAGGGAGCAUAUGGUUGGAUCACCAUCAAUUAUCUCCUGGAUACCUUCACCAAGUAUUCAAUAAAGAAUGGAGGCUGGAUCCGCCCUCCCGCAACCAAGAUGCUUGGAGCCCUGGACCUAGGAGGGGCUUCAACCCAGAUCAGCUUCUUCCCCAGUGAGUCCAUUGCAGACUCAGCCACUGCCUCCCAUUUCCGUCUGUAUGGCUUCAACUACUCCAUCUAUACACAUAGCUACCUGUGCUAUGGGCAGGCCCAGGCAAUGAAGCAAGUGAUCAUGAAGUUAAGCCAGAAGUUGCAGAAUACCCCUGGCCAGAUUGAGCAUCCCUGUUACCACAAGGGCUUUAAGAAGAGCGUGAUGGCCCAGUCUAUCUAUGAUAGUCCCUGCACGUCCUACCUGCAACCAAGUGGCUUCAACUUGAACCAGAAGAUGACAUUGAUGGGCACAGGCAAUGUCACCAAGUGCCAGCAAGCCAUCAGAGCCAUAUUCAAUUUUACUGCCUGUGGUCCCCAUCUUCCCUGUGCCUUCAAUGGCACCUACCAGCCCAACGUGAGCGGCCAGUUCUUUGCUUUCUCUGCGUUCUUCUAUACCUUUAAUUUCCUCAACAUCACCUCAGGGCAAUCUCUGUCAGAGGUCAAGAACAUCAUUGAACAGUACUGCCACCGGAGUUGGAAAGAUGUGACUGAUAGUUAUCCCAAAUACAAGGAGCAAUGGCUGCAAGAUUACUGUGCUAAUGCCAAUUAUAUCCUCAUACUCCUCCUGGAAGGCUACAAGUUCUCUGAGAAGAGCUGGACCUCCAUCAGAUUCCAACAGAAAGCUUCAGAGACAGAAAUCGGCUGGACCCUUGGAUAUAUGCUGAACCUGACCAACAUCAUUCCAGUUGAAGCUCCCACCCGGGUUCGGAUCCAGAAGGAGGGGCCCUGGGUUGCCUCCAUCAUCUUCCUCAUGCUUAUCCUGGUGCUGCUGCUGAUCCUGCUGCUGGCAGUCUUCCUCUGAGGGAGCUCUCCCUGACUGAACAGAGGCUUAAGCUCAGGGUUUUGCCCUGUCCCUAUCUUCCUGCCUCUGGCUCAAGAAAGGGUCAUUUUCAACCCCUGGCCCCGGAGGCCAAGGUGGCUGCUGGAUGGGGGAAAGGAGGUGGCUCACAAGCACCCUGAUAUUUCCCAUAUUUCCCACCUCCUGUGUGUACCAUUCCACUCCACAUAUCAUUCUCAUACCUCACUUCUCCCAUCAUUGUCACUGCUUCGUUCCCAAAGGUCCCCUCAUCAUCCUCCCGUUCUAUUUAUACCGUAGGCCUUGGUUAGGGGAGAAAGAUUAUGGGGUUCCCAUGCAAUCUUCCCCUGGGGAGACCUUUCCUAAGAUGCUAUGUACUCAUGUAAACACAUGCGGGGAGUCAGUGGAAUGAUGCUCUAAAGAUCUGCAUAUUGAAGGCUCAGGAUCCCCCUUUGGAAAUCUGAAUUAAAGUUAGGAUUGUUCCAAUCUA